AUGCCGUCUGAUUCUCCCGCAGCGGCUGGUUCGUCGGCGAACGAACCCCGACUACCCAUGCCUUCUAGCCCUUAUACAUCGCUAGCUGGUACUAAGCGGCCAGCUCCCUCUUUGCUGCCACCCUUCGAGCCUCUUUCCUCUUCGCCUGGCCUUCCUCGACCCUCAAAAUGUCAAAUCAGGGGCCAAGAUGCCAACCUGCGCUAUCCCACGCCCAUCCCUACAUCAAGCACUGGUAUCCUGUCCAGCUCCCCGCUGCGGCGUAAUUCGAUUGCCAUUGGUGCAGCUCGCGCUGCUGAGACGGAGAAACGGGUUCCUCUUGACGCUAUUCCCUGUGUAGAGCUCGCGGAAAACGGAGAGACACUCUUUAUGGGCCGCUCCUCCAACUCAUCCCACUUCCAGUUGUCCGCGAGCCGCUUAAUAUCACGCGUCCAUGUCAAGGCCCGUUAUAUUGCUGCUACCCAACCCGAAGAAGCAAACAAGGUAGAGAUUGUUUGUGAGGGUUGGAACGGUCUGAAGUUGAGCUGUCAAGGCCGAAGUUGGGAGUUGUCCAAGGGAGAUAGCUUCACAAGCGAGACGGAAGCCGAGAUUGUACUUGACGUACAGGAGACUCGCGUGCUGAUUCAAUGGCCACGUCACUUUUCUCCGGCUGACAAUACUGGUCACAUCUCCGACUCAAGCUGGGAUGAUUCUCCCCCACGAUCCCAGACACGUCGCGGGGGCCUCCUGGACUCCUCUCCGCUUCGCCGCCACACGGCCUCUAUUCGGUCUCCAGUAAGCCCCACGCCCAUGCAGCCGGCAAGCUCACAACGCCUUCAUGGCCUGUUACCCAGCCCACUGGAACGUGAUGGCAACAUUGAGAUUUACGAGGAUGGGCCGGAUCUACCGGAGGGGCAGCACGAAGCGUCUCUAGAUCCCAAUGCCAGCAUGUUGACGGAAGCCACUGCUAGCUUCCACAGCCAUCUGGGCGACGAUGACGACAGUGAUGAGGAGCACAACCCCGAUGAGGAGAAUGAUCCCAUCGUUCAUUCGUUUGGUCCCUUUGGCGCUGAUAUCUCCAACCGCCUCGCAUCGAUCAUGGGCAAGUCUCCUCGCGCGCGUAAACCCUUGGGACGCGAUCUUCCUCAACUUGCCGAGAACCCAGAGGCAUCUGAGACGCACACUGAGAGCAGCCUGCCAUCGGAUCCCCCGUCUUCGGACAAUGAGGGAGAACAGACGCCUUCGCCAGAGGAUGUGCUCGAUGACGAGGAGCAAAGGGAUCAGGAGCCGACGCCUCAGAAGCCCAAGGCCACCGUGCAUCCCGGCGUUGGAAACCACGUGGUCAACCAGCUCGCGUACUCUCGACUCUCGUCCACGCCCUUGUCGACCAUUAUGCAGCACCUCCCUGCCGAUUUAAAGGUCGACCUGACCGUCGAUGCCCUUCGUGACGUUAUCGAGUCGACAAAAUGUAUUGGCAUCAUCACACGCCAGGGCAAGGACGCUGCAGGCAAGGCGCUAGAGAGUGAGUACUACUACAUGCCCGAGGAGGAUAAUGACGACCAGCGAAGGGCUGCAGUUGUGGACGGGCUACGCAAGCCCAGCUUGAGGGCCUGUCGCAAGCAGCACAAGCAGUAUUACUGGAAGCGCCCUCGCACACCUUAG